AUGCGGCCAAGCGUCGGGCCCCUUUCCAAGAUGGCAGUAGACCCCUAUCUGUCUGGGGGGCUCUGCUUCCGUUUCCGGGAUCAGAAUCCGGAAGUGGCCAUUGAGGGUCUUCCUAUCUUCAGUUACACUGGCAGUAGAGAACAGACGGUCAUGGCGGAGGUCACAGAAGACCCUGUCACAGCUGCCAUCGCGGCAGCCGCCGAGGACAGGGAACCGCAGCGCGAGGAGAUGCCUGGUCUGGACGACCAGUGGAACCAAAUCGAGAAUGGCGAGAGUGGGCGAGAGCGUCCACUGCGGGCCGGCGAAAGCUGGUUCCUUGUGGAGCAGCGCUGGUAUAAACAGUGGGAGGUGUACGUUCAGGGAGGGGACCAAGACGCCAGCACCUUUCCUGGCUGCAUCAACAAUGCUGAGCUCUUUGAAGAUCAGAUAAACUGGUGCCUCAAAGAAGGACUGAUGGAAGGUGAGGAUUAUGUGUUGCUCCCAUCAGCUGCUUGGCAUUACCUGGUCAGCUGGUAUGGCCUAGAGCCUGGUCAGCCACCCAUUGAGCGCAAGGUCAUCGAGCUGUACAGCAUCCCAAAGGUGGAGGUAUACCCUGUCAAACUGCUGCUUGUCCAGCACGGUGAUACCGACUUAGUGCUCACUGCUCAGUUCAGCCUCACUGAUUCUGUAGAUCAAGUCUUGCGCACAGCACGGGAGCAAUUUCUGGUGGAUGCCCAGGAGGACACACGCCUUUGGGUCAAGAAGUCAGAAGGCUAUUUGGAUCGUUUGUUCAACACACAUGUCACACUGCUUGAUGCUGCUCUUGAGAGUGGGCAGCUGAUCAUCAUGGAAAUCCGAAACAAAGAUGGCAGUUGGCCCAGCACACAGCUGCGUGUCGUGAGCAGAAUGUCAGAAGAGGAUGAGGACUUCCAGGGCCAACCAGGCAUCUGUGGCCUCACCAAUCUGGGCAACACAUGCUUCAUGAACUCCGCCCUGCAGUGCCUCAGCAAUGUGCCGCAGCUCACUGAGUAUUUCCUUGACAACCGCUACCUGGAGGAGCUCAACUUCCGCAACCCACUAGGCAUGCGGGGUGAGCUGGCCGAGGCCUAUGCAGACCUGGUGAAGCAGACGUGGUCUGGCUGCCACCGCUCCAUUGUACCCAAUGUGUUCAAGAACAAGGUCGGCCGUUUUGCGUCUCAGUUUCUGGGCUACCAGCAGCAUGACUCUCAGGAAUUGCUGUCAUUCCUCCUGGAUGGGCUUCAUGAGGACCUCAAUAGGGUGAAGAAGAAGGAAUAUGUGGAGCUGUGUGAUGCUGCUGGGCGACCAGAUCAGGAGGUGGCCCAGGAGGCCUGGCAGAACCACAAACGCCGCAACGAUUCUGUGAUUGUGGACACUUUCCAUGGCCUCUUCAAAUCCACGCUGGUGUGCCCCGAUUGUGGCAAUGUGUCUGUGACCUUCGACCCCUUCUGCUACCUCAGCGUCCCACUGCCUGUCUGCCACAAAAGGGUCUUAGAGGUCUUCUUCGUCCCCAUGGAUCCCCGCCGCAAACCAGAGCAGCACCGGGUCGUGGUCCCCAAGAAAGGCAACAUUUCAGAUUUGUGUAUGGCUCUGUCCAAACACACUGGUAUUGCGGCAGACAAGAUGAUAGUGACCGACGUCUUCAGUCACCGCUUCUAUAAGCUGUACCAACUAGAAGAUCCUUUGAGUGGCAUCUUGGAUCGUGAUGAUAUCUUUGUAUAUGAAGUCUCAGGUCGGAUUGAGCCCAUCGAAGGCUCAAAAGAUGACAUUGUGGUCCCUGUCUACCUUCGGGAACGGACUCCAGCCCAAGACUACAACAACUCCUACUAUGGUCUGAUACUUUUUGGACACCCGCUUCUGGUGUCAGUACCCCAGGACCGGCUCUCCUGGGAGGGCCUCUAUAACAUACUGAUGUACCGGCUUUCACGCUACGUGACCAAACCCACCUCAGAUGAGGAGGACGAUGGGGAAGAGAAAGGAGAAGAUGACAGCAGUGAUGAGGAUGAGAAAGACCAAACACCAGGUCCCUCCACUAGGGGCAACCUCCGAGACUCUGAGCUGGAGCAGGCUGGACCCAGCUCUGGGGCCACUAGGACAUGCUCCUUUCUCUUGGACAACGGCUUUCACACAUCUCACUGGCCCCCAAAGCGACGUCGCAAGCAACUAUUUACCCUGCAGACUGUGAAUUCCAGUGGGAUCAGCGACCGCAUAACCUCUCCUGAAGAAGUGGACACCCAGCCAUACAUUGCCAUGGACUGGGAACCGGAGAUGAAGAGACGUUACUAUGAUGAGGCAGAGGCAGAGGGCUAUGUGAAACAUGAAUGUGUGGGUUAUGUGUUGAAGAAGGCUCCAGUACAGCUUCAGGAGUGCAUCGAGCUCUUCACUACUGUGGAGACCCUGGAGAAGGAAAAUCCUUGGUACUGUUCCUCCUGCAAGCAGCACCAGCUGGCCACCAAGAAGCUAGACCUGUGGAUGCUGCCUGAGAUUCUCAUCAUCCACUUAAAGCGCUUCUCCUUUUCCAAGUUUUCCCAUGAGAAGCUGGACACCCUCGUACACUUCCCCAUCCGGGACCUGGACUUCUCUGAGUUUGUCAUCAAACCACAAAAUGAGUCAGCUCCAGAGUUGUACAAAUAUGACCUCAUCGCGGUCUCCAACCACUAUGGGGGCAUUCGUGAUGGCCACUAUACAACAUUUGCCUGCAACAAGGACAGUGGCCAGUGGCACUACUUUGAUGACAACAGCGUGUCACCUGUGAAUGAGAAUCAGAUUGAGUCCAAGGCAGCCUAUGUCCUCUUCUAUCAACGCCAGGACAUUGUGCACCGCCAGUCCCAGCCCAGGUCAUCCAGUGACCUGCCCUCCCCUGCCUGUGGCUCCAUACCCAACACUGAAUUCAUGGAUAUUAACUGAAGGAUCCUGGAAUCUGCCACAGGAAGAAAGGAAGCCCUCUCUGCCGCUCUGCUUCUUGUAACCACUGGCCCCUUUAUCCAAGUUCAGUCCCCCCACCAGGUGUUGCAGGCUUAGUUGUGGCUAUUCUCCUGUGUCACUGCAUUGCUCUUUCCCAGGAAAAAGAGCCCUGUGCCCCAUAGAGCAGUGACCUUCCUUCCUAGUCUUAUUUAUGGUGUCCCCUGCCCUCUUUCCUCACUCCACAGUGUCCUUAGUGGCUGGCGAUAGGGGUUCACCAAACAGAGUGUAUUUUCUUACUGAGACCUUGUAUUUUCUGCUGCCAUGCGUGUUAUAUAUAUAAAGUGCGGGUUUCAUCCUC